AUGGGCCUGAAGAAAAACUGCCUAAACCUCCCAGAAAAAAGUGUUAUUGUAAUGGACAAUGCACCCUAUCAUUGCCAUCAAGAAAAUAAGGCGCCAACAAAGUACGCUGUGAAAAAGGAAAUGAUAGACUGGCUGCAGAGUAACAACAUACAAUGCUCAGCAGAUAUGAAAAAGUUUCAGUUGUACGAGCUGAUAGAAAAGCACAAACCUAAAGAAAAGGUGUAUCGCAUCGACGUGGCGUUGCAGAGGCGAGGCCAUGCGGUUCUCAGAUUACCACCCUACAAGUGUGAAUUAAACCCAAUUGAGCUGGCCUGGGCUAAAAUCAAGAGAGUGGUGAAAGGAAACAACAUAAGAGGAGACCUUUCACUAACGAAACUGGAAGAGGCAACACAAGAAGCGCAAAGUUCUGUUAGCAAGAUCGACUGGGAAGGCUUCACAAACCACACCUUGAAGCUAGAACAACACUACUGGGAACAGGACGGCUUGAUGGAAGAUGCCAUUGACAAAUUCGUGAUUGAGUUGGGCGGAAUAGACAGCAGUGACAGUGAAGUGUCAGAUGACAGUGAGGAAGAAAAUAUCUGA